GGAGCGGCGGUGCCACUGCAGCACGGCGCGGAGAACGUGGUGCGUUGUGCGAGCGGUGCGUGGUCGGUGGAGAAAAAGCACGCCGCGCACACACGGCGUUGCUGUUGCCGCAGCAGCUGUAGUAGGCGCUCGCUCGCUCUGCUGCUGCUGCUGCCGUCCACGCCGCUCAGUCGGCGCGUGCUUUCGGCCGUGUGCGCUCUCGGGCGGCGUGCGCGCCUGCUGUUCGGAGCGUUUCGUUUCGAAGGGGGCCCGUGCGCGCUUCGCCGUGCCUCAUUCUUCAGCGGGUGCGCGUCCGGGCGCAGUGCGGCGUUCACCGUGACUCGCCGGCGGGGGCGGGCGGCGGGCGCGGGGCCCGGGCCUGCGGCGGCCGCCAUGAAGAUGGUGCAGUGCGCGGGCUGCGAUCGCCCCAUCCUGGACAGGUUCCUGCUCAACGUGCUGGACCGAUCGUGGCACACCAAGUGCGUCCAGUGCUGCGACUGCCGCUGCAACCUCACCGAUAAGUGCUUCUCCAGGGAUGGCAAGCUCUUCUGUCGGAAUGACUUCUUCAAGCGCUUCGGCACCAAGUGCGCGGGCUGCUCGCUGGGCAUCUCGCCGACGGACCUGGUGCGGCGCGCGCGGAGCAAGGUGUUCCACCUCAAGUGCUUCACCUGCCUGGUGUGCCGCAAGCAGCUCUCCACGGGCGAGGAGCUGUACGUGCUGGACGAGCACCGGUUCGUGUGCAAGGACGACUACCUCGCCAGGCACCAGCAGCCGCCGCCUCCGCCGCCGCCUGCCCAGCAGCCGCCGCCUGCCGGUUACGUGGGCUACUGUGGCGGCGUCGCCUCCAGUCCUGACAAAGGGCUGAAGCCGCAGUUCCCUGCCUGGGGUCCCCCGCUCAGGCCGUGCCACAUACCUCCCCCUUACGCAAUGCUCGGUCCUUCGGGCUCCCCGGGCGACGCGACGCUCGACCUGGACGACCCGUCGGACGGCGCCGACGCCGACCUGCUGCUCCGCGACCAGGACCGGGACUCGAGCGUGGAGCGCGAGCUGACCCCCGGCGGUGGGGCGGCCUCGCCCUCGGCCUGCGGCGGCGGGGCCAAGGGGGGCGGCAACCCCUCGGUGGCCAACGGUCCCAAGCCGGAGCCCGGCGGCGGCGGGGGUUCGGGUCCCGAGGGCGCCGGCGGGCCGGCGACGGGCGACGAGGCCCAGGGGGGCACCAAGCGCCGCGGACCGCGCACCACCAUCAAGGCCAAGCAGCUGGAGACGCUCAAGGCGGCCUUUGCGGCCACGCCCAAGCCGACGCGCCACAUCAGGGAGCAGCUGGCGCAGGAGACCGGACUCAACAUGCGCGUCAUCCAGGUGUGGUUCCAGAACCGGCGCUCCAAAGAGCGCCGCAUGAAGCAGCUGAGCACGCUGGGCGCCCGGCGCCACUUCUUCCGCAGCCCGAGGCGCGUCAUGCGCUCCCUGCGGCCCGGCAUGUCGCCGGACGGGCUCGACGACUCGCCCGAGAUGGGACCCGGACCGCCGAGCUCCGCCUUCGGCUACUUCUCCGAUUCGUCGAACCCGGCCGACUUCGGGUACGGUCCUCAGGCGGGCUUCUACGACUUCUUCCCGGGCCAGCAACCUCCUCCUCCUCCUCCGCCGCCGGGACCCGACGGCAUGCCCUUCCCUCCCACGGGCUCCGGACCUCAGGGCCAGGGCUCCGGGGGACCUCUCGACUCACACGCCGGACCAGGGAGUGUGAACCUGGGUUCGGACGCGCCCUACCUGCAGCCGCCGCCGACGUCGCAGCCGCAGUCGCGCGGCGGACCCAGCCCCGACGCCGUGCUCAGCCUGCAGGGGGGCGAGCCCUACGGGGCGCCCUCGCGCGCCGACAGCGGCUUCGCCCCGCUCAACCACCCGCCAAUCAGCGAGACGCCCGUCUGGUGACGUCACCUGCCGCAGCACCGCCCAUCCCCGUGAGAGAAAAGACAGAGAGAGAAAAGAGGCGCCUGGCCCUUCCUCGCCUCGAUCUGCUACCACGCGUGCGCCGCAAGACAAGACGGCGGUGGCGCCAUCCUCCGCGCAGCUCUGGAACGACAGCGGAGGAGACCAGUGAACGCGCUGAGAUGGGAGACAACGGAGGGGGAGAAAAAAAAUAAUACGUGGACUCCAACGAACUGUCGAGUGCUGUAUUGUUUUUUUUUUACACAUUUUCGCCCUUUCAAUGGUGUUUCCCUCAUUUUCUUUUCCUUGUUUCUCUUGCUCAUCAAGCCUUUCGUGGAGGUAGGAGAUGCUUGCUGCAAUCGUGGGUUUCGAAUGUUUAAACCUGAGCGAAAGAAGUCCCUGAGCGGAGCGAACACGAGAACGCUAGGCUGAACACUCAAUAGCCGCACAGGCUAUUUCCUUGCUUGCUAGCUUUUCUCCUUUUUUUUUCCGUUAUUUUUUUAAAGCAAAGGAGAGACAAACGGACACGACGGGUUGUGAGAAAGAACACUACGCACUUCGCGGUUGAAACCCGAGGCCGGAACGCAUUCACGUGUUCACCACACCGAGUGAUCGAGAAGAACAUCGGGCGCACGCACGCCACACCCGAAGGAGUGAUCGUGCACGACUCGGCUGCGCACACACUGACCUGACACCACCACCUCGUUUCGGCCAUUGACAGACAAGCGAGGGGCCGCUCCUUCCCAACCUCUCUCACCUCCGUGGCCAUCGCCCCGACCUCUCUCUCUCUCCCUAUGUCGCCUCCAUCUCGCGAAUUCGAUCUCUGCCCUCAAGCAGCAGCGGUCGGUAUCGACGACAGCGGGUUCAUCGCGGAAGAUGGCGAAAGCCGGUGGCGAGGCUGCGACGACGAAACGACCUUGUGUGCGUGCGUGUCUGCGCUCGGCGGCGGGGCUCUUUCUUCCUCUCCUUAUCAAAUUCUUCCUCCUCCUUUCCCGCCCUGCUGCCGCCACCGUUUGGGGAGUGGCCCCGGAAUGUGCGCGCCCCGGACGACGACGACGACAAGCUGCUGGCCUGCCUUCCCUUGCCCGCCCGCCCGCAGAACUCUUUUCGUUCUUGCUUCUUCUUCUUCUUCUCUCUCUCUCUGUCGCUCCGGCUCUCGCUCCGCUCAAAGGCGAUGCGACGGCCGGAGAAAGGAAGCAACGAGCCCAGCUGACGGCUACCCAAAAGUGCUGAUGUUUUAUUAAACUUGGGGCGUUAAGCUUUCGCAUCGAAAUGAAUGAAGGCUGUAGGAAAACAGGGGACUCGAAUGUGGAAUUGAAUAACACACAUUUAUUCCCUAUAUCUCUCUCCUUCGUUUCUGCCUUUGUGAUUUGGAAAAGAGAGAAAGAAGCAUACGAGAACUGAUAAAAGAAAUUUGAUUCUUUGCCUUCGAUAUGGCACAAUCCAAGCGGUAAAAUCGUUCGACUGGACAACUUCUAAACGAGCAAAAUUGAAAAGCAACUCUAGCUCCUGUUUUGUUUGCAACGUGCUCUUGAGGUAACCGAUGCGCUUAUGAAUGCGGAAUGCGCCGAUUAGUUUGGCUUAACUAAAUGGCUCAAAGAAAUCGAAUGCCAAACUUGCAGACGAGAAGAAAGGAAACUGAGGGCCCGAUUUUUGUUAGUCAUAUCAUAAGAAGCCAACAGACACCAAGGACAGCAUAGGGGAAAUUGCCUUUACUUAUCAAUUGAAUUAAAGAAAUGAUAAAUUAAUGGAAAUGAAAGUGGAUGGAAAAACAACUGACCGUAGGUUGGGCACGAAGAUACGUCAUAGCGUUACGCGUGCGAUGCUCUUACCAUACAAGUGGCCGAAGGGGGAGCACGAACCCACGCCAUAGCAUUACGCGUUCGAUGCUCUUACCAUGGUAAGAUUAUCACACGGGUAAUGCUAUGACGUUGGUUCGCGCCCCACCUACGGCCAGUUGUUUCUUCGUCAAUUUGGUAAGAGCAUCGCACGCGUAACUCGAUGAAGUGGGUUCGUUCCCCAUCUCUACCCAGUUGUCUUUUCAUCCACUUUCACUUCCAUUAAUUUAUCAUUUAUUUAAUUCAAACUUGCAGAAGGUAUAUUGAGCUUCUAAACACAAGUAUUCCAUUUGCAUUCUAAAUUGCGGCAACUUCUGUGCGGUCUGCUACAACCAAUUCAUUUGUACGAGCAAUUUACUCCUCUAUUUCGUAUUCCUGGCAUGGGUAUAGAACGGGGAAAGUCUUGUCAACUGGACUCGUUGGUGAACAACACACCAGACGAACACUUCGCGAUUGCACUCAGUCCUUGUGUACCGAGCCGAGAGAGAACGCAGCUGCAGUUUCUUUGUGUGUGAAAGGAACAAUGCGUGCCACGGAGUGGAUGUCGAGAACCAGUGGAUCAAAAGAAAGCGACAAACCACACCGAGGAGCGGCGCGCGAAGACGCAACAAGCGACAGCCGUACUACUCUUGUUUGUGCAAAACUCGGGUGUCCCUCACAUCAUUUUUUUUCUGUACAUAAGAGCGACUAAAAGAAGAAAAAAAAAAAAUCACGACAAAAAAUA